GGAGUUCAGAGGCAAGGUGUGCAAGGCUCCAGACGCUCCCCCCUCCCCAGCGCUCUAACCUCGAGGCCUGCGGGUUCCUUUAGGCGUACCCUUACCCUCCCACAGGUCCCAGGAAAGGAGAGGUUCACAAGUCCAAGCUGACACCACAGUAGGAAUCAAAGAACAUGGCCCGUGCUGGAGAACCAUCUUUCUCUUUAAUGUUCGCGGGAGUGCUGCUCGUAACGGCGUCAUUACCUGACUUUCUUGGUGCCGGUCCAGUGGGACAGCGACAAAAAGGAGAUGCAGGAGAAACAAUGCUUGUUCGUCACAAGAGGAACAUCAGUUGGUACAAGCAGCACUCUGACUUCUGGAACUGGUACAAAUACUUCACUGACACAGGCAACUCAAAGGGAGUAGAGGAGCUGGACCGCGUUUACCUUACGUACCUGCAGAACAAAAACCGGGCGGAGGGACGUCGCUCCUACAAACUGUACCUGCGCCACCUGGGGGACAUCUACAAGUCAUGCGCUGAGUCAGAUGACCCCGACUGUGUGGCCUCCUACACCAGCAGGCCUAAGCCUACGCCAAAACCUGAGCCCCCCAAGCCGGCCCCCAUAAAAAUGUGUGACCCAUACAGGGACCCCUAUUGCCUAUUCUCCAUGAUGUACCCCAAGGCCUCCAUCAGGGCCCCUGCCCCGAUCAAAGCCCCCGCCCCGGUCAAAGCCCCCGCCCCUAUCCUUGCCCCCGUGGUGCCUGCCAGGUCUCCUGCAUCGGGCUACUACUACUAUGCCCCAAUACCGAAGCCCUUCCUGUCAGCCCAGCAGAAGGCGGAGCUUCUGCGUAUCUGCGAUACCAAAGACGUGGAGUGCCUGCAGUACCACCUGCGUGCUGCCUAUGGCUACACACCAUCUGCUGGCCCCGCCCCAUCCUAUGCGCACCUGGGCUGUGACCCCAAGAAGGACCCGAACUGCACACCACAGCUGGUGCAAAAGGCCCAAUCUGGCAUGUUCUACCGCUACCCAACCUGUGACCCAACGACUGACCCUUACUGCCUAAUGAGAAUGCACCAGGCUGCCCAGAAUCAGCAGCCAGCGGCACCCCCUGCUGGUCUCAAGCGGCCCUGCAACCCACUCCUGGACAAAAACUGCAACCCGUUGACUGCGACGCGACUCGUCGACCUCAGCCAGUACAUGCAGACGCAGGAGAAGGAGAAGCAGCAGGACCCUCAGGACGAGCCGGCGCCUGCCUACAGCGCUGCCUGCGACCCCCGUUACGACCCCUACUGCCAGUACCGCGCUGCCGCCGCUGCCAUGAUGAGACGGCCCCCGGCCCCAGCCCCGCCCCCGGCUGAGGAGCCGCUCGUCCACCCCCGCCUGGGAGUGAGAGGGAAGACGAAGGAGGGCUACGACUGCUACAUGGGCUACGAUGAGGAGUGCCUCCCACUGCCCAGGCGGAGGGCCACAGAGAGCCGGCCGAGCGCCAGGGGGUUCGGGUUCGGCUUCGGGGUCCGUCCAGAGGAGCCCUACGAGCCGCACCUUAAUACUGAUGGCACCAGGAAGGGGGUGAUCGAACCUGACCCUGACUGCGACCCCGAGUACGACUCCAACUGCCGCCUGCGCCGCUACGAGACCCCUGCCGAGCCCCAACCCGCCGCCCCCGCCGAAGAGGAGAGGCCCCAGGAGCAACAGGUGACAGAGGAGCACGAAGAUGAGCCAGACCACCAUGAGGAGCUUCAACACCAGGAGGAGCCUUACCAGGAGGAGCCACACCACCAAGAGGAUCCUUACGGCCAGGCACCUGGAUAUGAGCAGCACCACUACGAGCAGCAGCCUGAGGCCCCUUCCUACGACCAGCAGCAUUAUGAGCCCUACCAGAGUGGCCAGGAAGACCCGUACGCCAGCUACAGCCCCCAGGACCAGCCAGGCUCACAGCCUGAUGGCCUGGGAGGAUAUGGCGACCAGUACCCUCGCUAUGAUGAUGGCCAAGAUCACCGCUCUUACACUGGAGAGUACCAGAAGAAGUAAUGAUUCACACGCCAUCAAACAAUAAGAAACCAGAGAACCACAUAAUAAAUACAAUACAGACACACACACACAUUUGUAUGUACACAUGCAAAUACACACACACACACACACACACACACAUACAUUCAUGCCACAGUCAAUGCUGCACAAGACAAGCAAGGAAGCCUGGAGUCUGAUAACUUUCUUGGGGGAGUUAGUCUGCUCAUUGACAUGAAAGUUAAUGAUAGCUGUUUGAUAUGUGUCUGUCAGGGAGAUGGGACACCUCAUGCAAGGAACAUUCCAGAAGUUUUCACAGAUAACGGGGUAAAAACCACAUGCACAUUAGAAACCAUGCCCUACCAUGCCAUAGACUCUAUGGCAUAGAGUGUAUUCUUGCAAUGUUAAAAUAUGGGUAGUGUACUGGAACAUGGUUUUAACUGGGGUCACUCUCUGCUUGGCAGUUGCUUUCCCCCAACUUUUUUUAGUUUUCCUCUUUUUCUGUCUUAAUUCUGCAGCUCACCUGGAAUAUUUAACUGAUAAUUUACAGCUUGCUUAACUGUGCAUUUCCAUAUUUCAAACCUUUUUUGUU